GUGGAGACAGAGCUGGGAAAUAAAGGUCAACAAUGCAGUUCCUACCCUGGUUCAACUUGCUGCUUCUCCUUCCUUGUUUCAGUACCACCAAGACCUGCUUCCCUGGUUGCCACUGUGAAGUGGAAAGCUUCGGUCUCUUUGACAGCUUUAGCCUGACCAAGGUGGACUGCAGUGGAAUAGGCUCACACAUUGUUCCCGUUCCAAUCCCUCUGGAUACCUCCUAUUUGGAUCUAUCAUCAAACAAACUGGAAACAAUCAAUGAAUCGAAGCUCACUGGCCCUGGAUACACCACCUUGGUGAGCCUUGACCUGAGCUACAAUAAGAUUGCCAAGAUUUCCUCCACAACCUUCUCCAGGCUUCGAUACCUGGAGUCCUUGGACCUGAGUCAUAACUCUUUGGAAGUCCUUCCCGAGGACUGUUUCUCCAGUUCUCCUUUGGGAGACAUAGAUUUGAGCAAUAACAAGCUCUCGGAUAUAGCGAUGGACAUUUUUGCUUCAAAAGGUCAAGGAAAACCCUUGAAUGUGGAUCUAUCCAACAAUAUGCUCAGCACAAUUACAAGACACCGUGAAAAGAGCAUCCCAAAUAUCCAGAACUUGAAUCUUUCUGGGAACAGGUUAACGUCUGUGCCAAACCUUCAAGGCAUCCCCCUCCGAUACUUAAAUCUUGAUGGGAACCCCAUAAUCAAAGUUGAGAAAGGAGACUUCAUGGGGCUGAAAGAUCUGAUUCAUUUAUCCCUCAGUGGCCUGCGUGGCUUGGGAGAGUUCUCUCCCUAUAGCUUCAAGGAGCUACCAGCCCUCCAAGUACUGGAUUUAUCCAACAAUCCCAACCUGAAGUCACUGACUGCUGAAGUGAUCUUUGGGCUGAACUCCCUACAAGAGCUCAACCUCUCUGGCACAGGAGUGUCAUCCUUACCAAAGACUGUGCUGAAAUACCUGCCUUCCAUCAAAAGCAUCACCUUGGGGAAGAACAUACAGUGUCUGAAGACCAUCAAAGAAGGACAGUACCACCGACAAAUCGGGCUGACCAAAAAAGAGGUCCUCAGUUGCCACGAUAGCCAUGGAUCCGUAGCAGCAGCACCUUAUGUUUUGUGAUGAAAGCUGAGGAGGAGGUGGGGAAGGGAGGGUGGGGGGCCAUGGGAUUUGUACAGGAUCGGACUGAGGUGGUUUGCAGUGUGCCUUUUGUAAGACUGACAAUAAUUUAUAUAUUUGUAUAAGCCAAUACUUGAUUGUUUGUGGAUUUUAUAAACUCUCAUACCCUGGCCCAUGUUAUCUGCAAUGCUCCAGGUUUUACCCUUGAGGUCCUGCACACAGCCCCUUGGCUCAAGAGUGGUGAUGCUGGACAAUGGGGACUGAGCUGCUCUGCAGGUCUCAGGGCAGAACAGUGUGUCUGGAGCAAGCUUUUGUGUCCCAAAACAAAGUCAUCUGUCUCCACACCAAAACACAGUGACUCUGUAGCUGCUUGCUUACAGACCCAUGCACCAUCCUUUUGUGUUAUCUAUUACUCCCCAACAAGUGCCUUCUGGAUGUUGCCUUCAUUAGCAGCACCCUGGUCCCUGUCAUGCACUUUCAGUCCUGAAGAAACCUUUCCAGACAAACCUGAACACAGGGUGCUCCUAAUGGGCUGGUUUUUACAUGUUAUUUGCAUGUGUGUGCAAUGAACAUUAAGACAAGCACUUUUCCCACUGUUUUCUCCCUGUCUUCCCAUCACGUCCAAAUACUUUAGGUCCAACCUUUAAAACCUCCUCUCUUUCUAACCUUAGCAAGCCAUUGCUCAGAGAUGAUGCUCAGCAGAGCAAGGGGGAAGAAAAGGGAUUUGCCAACAGCCACAUCUCACCCCAGAAGCAGCCUCUCAGGUUACAAAGUGAAGAGAUCAUGUAGCCUGGCUUGAAAUAGUAAUGAAAAUCACUCUUCCCUUACUGGGAAAGCUUGGAAGAAAGCUUGGGCAGGGAUCCCCAUCUUGACAACCUUAUUAAACCAAGACGCAGCCCCAGAGGAUGCGAGACCAAGCUGUUUCCAUGCUGAUGCUACCCAUCCGAACACAACAUCUGCAGCUCAGCUGGGAGCAUGUGAGGCAGUUUUCAACACUGAAACACUCUCCAGAGCGUGCCAGGAGAAGGAUUAACACUGACGCCUGUGUCCCUGCAGUGCUUUGCCUAUCAGGGGAAAGAUCUUGUUGGGUUUUAGUUCCAGAGUUGUGCCUUUUCUUUCUCUCCCAUAGCUCUU